AUGCAUCAAAAUCAUCUGGACUUUGUCUGUGAUUACUGUGCUAGGACUUUCACAAGAAAAUAUAACCUACAAACGCAUAUAGAAAACUGUCAUAUCAAUUCAUCAUCACACUGUGAUAUUUGUGGACAAAGCUUUGGCAGUCCAGCCGGCUUACAACUCCAUCUGUCAAGAGGUCACAACAACUAUGCUCAACCGUUUCCAGAAUGCGAUAUAUGUGGAAGAAUUUUUACGAGAAAGCAAAAUAUUACAUCUCACAUGAUCACCGUGCAUUUACAAGGCUUAGGUGACGAUAUAAGGUGUAAAUUGUGCGAUAAAACUUUUACUACGGAGAGAAAUUUGAAGAGGCACAUGAAUCAACAACAUAAUCCGCAUGCGGAAUAUCCCACUUGCUAUUAUUGUAACAAGAUUUUUAAAGGGAAACACUCACUUAUUUCACACAUCCACACAAUACAUAACAUCAGUGAAAAAGACGCGAUAAAAUGCCACCUGUGUGAAAAAGUGUACACGAAUAUGAGGAAUUUAAAAAGACAUGUUGAAAUGUUUCACGGAGAACGAGGGGAGUUCAGAUGCGAUAUAUGCCCCAAAGUGUACACUUCAAAUCAGAGUUUAAGAAGGCAUCUCCGCACAACACACAGCACGGACAGUAACGAACAAUUUACAUGCGACUUGUGUAGUAAAAUUAUCACCGGUAGAGAAAACUAUGAAAGUCAUUUACAGUAUAUUCAUCAUUCUGAAAGCGAAUCCAAAACUAAUGUCACUGAAAUUAUUUGUGAAACGUGUCACCAGACAUUUGAAGAAGAGUGUCUGUUAAGGCAGCAUAUAAAGGAAGAUCAUUCUUUUGAAGCCUUUUAUAAGUACUGUAAGAAUGUUUUAUUGAGAAUGUACGGGUCUGAGUUUGUUGAUAAUGUGUGUGUGUACAGUUGCGAAUAUUGUCAGCACACAUUCGCUAGUGUGUACGAACUAAAAGAUCAUAUGCGGAUAAAUCACGACACUGAAUACUCUCUCUCCACUUGUAAUGUAUGCUUCAACAAGUUUUACUGUAAGGAAACAAUGAGUGCCCACAAAAAAGUAUGUCUACCCCCACCUAAUGUUAAUUCUUGCAGUCAUUGCGACAAGUUAUUCACUGAUAUCUCUAGUUUAGAAUUCCAUACUAGAAUAUUUCACCCCCAAGCGCAGAUUGCUGACUCAAAUAUAUCUUCAACUAAUGUAGACGAUGAUAUAUCAACGUCGUUCAAAUGCCAUCAUUGUGAUCGGAUGUAUUAUAGUGACCGAUCAUUAAAACAUCAUAUAAAGUUGAAACACACGUCUGAUGAACAAGUAGGCUGUGAGUUUUGUGGUAAAAUUUGCAGCAAUAAGUACUAUUUGGCUUCACACAUCAAAAUAGUGCACAACAAUGAUUCUUGGUCUCGAUGUGAAUAUUGUGAUAAACAGUUCAAAUCUAAACGGAAUAUCAGAAGACACAUUGAAUAUACACAUCUAGGUAUGCAAAGAUACAAAUGUGUCGAAUGUGAGACGCUUUUUAAAGAGAAACGCAGCUUACGAAAACACGUCAGGACAAAACAUCCCAAUUCUGCUGCAUUCCCUCAGUGCCAUAUAUGUCACAAACGUUUUGAAUCGGCCAAGUCCUGCAAGAUCCAUCUCAAGUUACUACAUUCGUUUAAUAUGAACACAUAUCCUUGCCAUCUGUGCUCCGUAUCAUUCAGCUCUAACGAAGCUUUGACGAUACAUUUGGACACAAAACAUUUAGCUGAAGACGAAAUAUACAAGUGCGAAGAGUGUAAUCUAGUCUUCAAAGGACAAGAACGUUUUGAUAGACACAACGUAGUAAGCCAUGUUAAUCUGGUGUCAAAUAUAAAACAAAAGCUUCUACCUAGAUGCAUUCUGUGUUUGAAGGAUUUUAGCACGCGCAAGACUUUAAAAAGGCAUAUUAAGAAGUUCCAUAACGAAUUUGACGUUGAUGACCUAGCUACUUUUGGCUCGAGAAGGAGGAACUUCACUGUAGACUGCGAAGAUUGUAUCAAGAAUUUUAGUGAUGAGUUUCAUUACAAUGUGUACCAAAAAAUAAAGCAUUUAAAGGAUUCGAUUAUAUUCAAAUGUGAGAAUUGUCAUUCAUCGUUCAGCUCCCUGGAAUAUGCUAUUCAAAGGUACAAGAUUGCUAAUAGUGAUGGUUGCAAGACAAAGGCAAUUCUAAGCGAGCUUUGCACGACUGAAAUGAGUGAGGAGGAGUCUGAGUUUUCUGGGUUCGGUUCUCUUCAUCAGCUACCGGAGAGCACGACCAGUGAAUUUAACAUUAAACAAGAACCUUUGAUGGAUGAAGAUGAUAUCAAAAUUGAACCGAUGUCGCCUUAA